UGAGCCUAUCGCCGGGCCAGCUGCCCGUUCCCAAAAUAUCCCCAAGCCAAUGAUCAAGUUGCAAUGUUCAUGGCUCAGAGAGCUGGUUAGACUGGCAGGCACUGUGCUGGGACUCUGUCUGUCGGGAUCUGCGUGCCCCGCACCAAGGCUUCUCCCCCUCCUCUUCAGCCAGAAUGGUUAUUAAGGUCUUUGUGGCUACCGUGGCAGGAUCCACUGCGAUAAAAAAGAAACAACAAGAGGUAGUAGGGUUUUUGGAGGCCAAUCGCAUCGACUUUGAAGAAAAGGAUAUUGCAUGUAAUGAUGACAACCGGCAAUGGAUGAGGGAUAACGUGCCCGGGGAGAAGAAACCGGAGAAUGGAAUACCCCUUCCUCCCCAGAUUUUCAACAAUGAACAGUAUUGUGGGGACUUUGAAUCGUUCUUUGAUGCAAAAGAAGGAAAUGAAAUAUUUGUGUUCCUGGGAUUAACUCCGCCUGCAAGUAAGAAGGAAGUGACGGAACCGGCAGUAUCGCAAAACGAGGAGCUCCCAGCAGACAACAGCACUGCGCAGGAAUCGGAAGUACCAUCUGAUGUGCAACACGAGGAGGUUCCGCCAGAAGAAAACACUAUUAGUGAAAGUCCCCCUGAGGAGGAGGAGGAAGAGGAAGAAGCUGAAGAGGAGGAGGUAGAAGAAGAAGAAGCGGAAGGAGAACAAGAAUAGAUCACUUGAUAUCAGUUCUGUUUCAUGAUAUAUCAAGGAUGCCCAGGCACGGCAGUGCCACACAACUGAAUCUGACACACACAGGGUUCCACUCAAUUCUCGGGACGCUGCAGCAUUGAAUAAAGAAGACCCUUCCCACAAUGCCACUAUCUGCUCCUGCAGGGUUUUUCCACAUGGGAUUCAAUGGGAUCUCUUUGCACUGUCAUUUCCCCCAAGGUCCAUUACAAACAGGAUGCUAUGUAUGCAGUUUGUAAUAAAGUUACAAUUUAACGUUGUAUUAUUUCUAA